AUGGGAUGUCGAAGUUCUGUCCAAAUUAGCGUAUGGCAAAUAAUAUUAUUAUUUCUAUUAUUUGUCGUAUUAUUCGGCGUUGGAAUUGCCGGAUGGUUUCGUUCUGGAACAUCAAACGAAAUUACCAAGGAUCCGGAAAUAAAAUCAAAAUCUAAUUGGAGAACAAUAAAAAACUAUUCAUAUGUUGAUGAUAUUGGUUAUCCUCCAAUAGUGUCAGAUCCAAGUUCAAAUAUUCAAUGGACGUUUUUACAAAUGAAUGAUGUUUAUGAAAUGAUACCUCUAAACGCUGGAAAGAAGGGUGGAUUGGCGAGAGUGGCAACCAUUAGAAAAUUACUGCUAAAAGAAAAUCCCGAUACAAUAACAUUUUUAGCUGGUGAUAUUGUUAGCCCAUCGGCGAUCGGUAAUAGUAUUGUUGAUGGCGCACCAUUGAAUGGUAAACAAAUGAUUGCCUCGUUCAAUGUUUUGGGUGUUGAUUAUGCGACGUUAGGUAAUCAUGAAUUUGAUAUUAAAAUGUCCGAUUUAAGACAACGCUUAACCGAAUCUAAUUUUACAUGGAUUUCAACUAAUGUUUACGAGUUAAAUACAACAAAACCAUUUCAUAAUGUUUUACCAUAUAAAGUGAUUCAGAUAAAAGGAGUGAAAAUACUCAUAAUUGGUUUAACAAUUGAUGAUAAUCAAGGUGUCCCUCAAUAUGUUUCAAUUACUCCACAACAAUCAUUAUCCGCAUUUGUUGCCCAAUAUAUAAAAUAUUUAAAAUAUACCGUACGUUUAACGUGGAACGUCUUGGUCUGUUUAACACAUUUAAACAUGCAAAAUGAUAUUGAUAUUGUAGAAAAGAAUUUAGAGAUUGAUGUUGUUCUAGGAGGACAUGAGCAUGAAAAUUAUUAUUUACAACGUGGUGCAAGAUUUACACCGAUUUAUAAAGCGGAUGAUAAUGCGUUUAGUGUCUUUAUUCAUCGUUUUGCCUACAAUAUAAAAACAAAUCAUUUAUUAAUCUAUUCAACGUUAACACGAGUCACACCAAAAUUUAGUGAUGAUGAAACAACAUCCAACGUAACAAAUUAUUAUUUUCAAGCUGGUUUAGAAGCUUUUAGAAAACAAGGUUUUGAACCCGAGCGAAUAGUUUGUGUUCUCCCACCCCAAAUGGUUUUCGAUGGAAGAUCAACAGUGAUACGUGCUCAACAAUCACUAUUAACUGAUGUAUUAUGUAAAUCGAUGAUACACUCAUCUAAUGCCUCGGUAUGCAUUUUUAAUUCAGGUGCAAUACGAUUAGACGAUACCAUAUCGGGUGUAAUUACGCAAUAUGACAUACUACGAUGUCUACCAUUUCCUACAGAUGUUAUAAAACUUAAUGUUCCUGGUAAUGUACUUAAUCAAGUAUUAAAUAGAGGAUUAAAUCAAAUUCAUACAGGAAUGUUCAUAAGUUAUAAUGGACUGCUUUACAAUGUACCACAUCAACAAUGGUUACUAGAAUCAACGGGAGAAAAUAUUGAUAAUCCAAAUUUUAUUAUUUCAGUAGCGACAAUACCGUAUUUUCAUAAAAAUACUGAGCUAAGAAAUUUGCCAGUUAUUGGAACAUACGAUACUCAGACACAUUCACUAAUUUCCUAUUUAGAAAAAUUUUAUGGAAAGCGUCAUAGUACGCUGAGAUUAUAG